UGAAUAAUGCAGCAGGCGUCAAAUAGUGUGGCGUUUUGUAAGAUAUUCGUAAAUAGUUAAAUUAAGUGUUACUAAAUGUCAGUGUAAUUUUUAUGACUUAUAGUUAAUAUGAGUAGGUAUUACGAUUACGGUAACGCGAUAUCAUGGAACAACCAGGCACUAGGGUCGGGCGGCGUGCCGGGCGGCGCGCAGGGUAAGGACCCGCUGGCGCCGGGGCUGGCGCAGCGCAACAUGUACCAGCACCCCGCCGUCAGCGGCUACAACACGGACUCUCGCCAGCAGGGGAUGCCGGUCACGGCACGACAGAACAUGUACGCGAGCGGCAUGUACCACGGGUACGGCACGCCGGGCGCCGCGCUCGCGCCCAUGCCCUCGCCCUCGCCCACCGCGCCGCUGCCGCCCUACCCCGUGCACCCCGACGUCAAGUUCAAGAAAUUGCCGUUCUAUGACGUGAUGGCAGAGUUGAUGAAGCCGACCACCAUGAUGCCGACACAGGCGGGCCGCAUGCAAGAGGGCGCCUACCAGUUCCACCUGACACCCGCACAGGCCACAGACAUCGCCUGCGGCAAAGAUAUUGUCGGCACCAGCAACAAACUAGACUACGUUAUACAGGCCCAACUAAGGUUUUGCCUCCUGGAGACGACGUGUGAACAAGAAGACUGCUUCCCGCCAAGUGUUAAUGUUAAAGUCAACAACAAAAUGUGUCCAUUGCCAAACCCAAUCCCAACAAACAAACCAACACCGGAGCCGAAGCGGCCACCGCGGCCUGUGAACAUAUCGUCGCUGGUCAAACUGUGUCCUACCGUGGCCAACACAGUGCAGGUGACGUGGGCGUCGGACUUCACUCGCGCGUACGUGCUCAGCGUGUUCCUCGUGCGCAAGCUGACCUCCGCCGAGCUGCUGCUGCGGCUCAAGAACAAGGGCACCAAGAACCCCGACUACACGCGCUCGCUCAUAAAAGAGAAGCUGUCAGAAGACUACGACAGCGAGAUCGCGACGACGUCCCUGCGCGUGUCGCUGAUGUGUCCGCUGGGCAAGAUGCGCAUGUCGUGUCCGUGUCGGCCGGCCAACUGCCCGCACCUGCAGUGCUUCGACGCCUCGCUGUUCCUGCAGAUGAACGAGCGCAAGCCCACGUGGGUGUGUCCCGUGUGCGACCGGCCCGCGCUCUACGACUCGCUGGUGGUGGACGGAUACUUCCAAGAAGUGCUAACGUCGCCGCGGCUGGCCAGCGACUGCAACGAGAUCCAGCUGCACGCGGACGGCAGCUGGUCGGCGCACGCGCCGCCGCCGCGCGCGCCCACGCAGGCCGCGCCCGCCGCCGAGCCCGUCACGCUCAUCUCCGACGACCUGGAAGUCAUACCAGUAGAAGCUGGCAACAACGCCAAACGAGCAGCAGUCGGUGAGAACCGAACGCCAAAAGCCACAGAGGUUCUCGUAGACUUAACCUCAGAUUCUGAAGAUGAGCUUCCAUUGAAGAGGAAGGUGCCGCAGCCCAAAGCCACGCCGCCAGAUGACAUCACUAUCAAGACUGACGACAACUACUCUUCUUCCAAUGGUGUGGAGGCGGUGUCGUCGUCGGGCUACCGAUCCCCCGGAGCGGGCGGGGGCACGGGCGCGGUGAUCUCGCUGGACUCGCCGUCGCCGCCCGCGCCCGCCUCGCCCGCGCCGCCCGCCGACCCGCUGCCCGACGCGCCCGCGCUCUCCAUCACGCCCGUCGACCACUGUACCAGCAACAGCGAGCGUGAGGACAAUGACACGGCGCCAGCGCACUGGGCGCCCUACGCCGACUCGGACCGGGAUUCGCAUGAUUCAUACAGAAGGUAA